AUGUCGUCUCUCCGCUACACCUGCCGGGCCUCGCGCGCCCUGCUGGCGACCGCUGCCCGCCGGCCAAUCGCCCAGAGCUGCCUGCGGCCUCGUGUGGCGCGGGGCUACGCCGUCUCUCUGGACGACCAGCACAAGCUCCUCUCCUCGAACCUCGCCCAAGCCGACCCCGUCGUGUACGACAUCGUGGAGAAGGAGAAAAGGCGGCAAAAGCACUUCAUCAACCUGAUUCCGUCCGAAAACUUCACCUCCCAGGCCGUUCUCGAUGCUCUGGGAAGUGUCAUGCAAAACAAAUACUCCGAGGGCUAUCCCGGCGCGCGCUACUACGGAGGAAACGAGUUCAUCGACGAGGCGGAGAGAUUAUGCCAGCAGCGUGCUCUGCAGACAUUUGGCCUGAAGGAGAGCGAAUGGGGCGUGAAUGUCCAGCCUCUCUCCGGCUCGCCCGCCAAUCUUCAAGCGUAUUCCGCCCUGAUCAACACCCACGAGCGUAUCAUGGGCCUUGACCUGCCCCACGGUGGCCAUCUCUCCCACGGAUACCAGACUCCCACCAAGAAGAUUUCGGCCAUCUCGAAAUACUUUGAGACCCUCCCUUACCGGUUGGACGAGAAGACCGGCCUGAUCGACUAUGACAAGCUCGAAGAGCUGGCCGUCCUUUACCGCCCGAAGAUCAUCAUCGCCGGUACCUCUGCGUACAGCAGGCUGCUGGAUUACGAGCGCUUCCGCGCGAUUGCCGACAAGGUUGGCGCCUAUCUGCUCGCCGACAUGGCCCACAUCUCCGGUCUCGUCGCCGCCGGUGUCAUUCCCUCUCCUUUCAACGAGUCGGACGUCGUCACCACCACCACUCACAAGUCUCUCCGUGGCCCGCGCGGUGCCAUGAUCUUCUACCGCAAGGGCACCCGCCGCGUGGACAAGAAGGGCAAUGAGGAGAAGUGGGAUUUGGAGGAGAAGAUCAACGCGUCGGUCUUCCCCGGCCACCAGGGCGGUCCUCACAACCACACCAUCACCGCGCUCGCCGUCGCCCUGCAACAGGCCCAGUCCAACGAAUUCAAGGACUACCAGAGGCAAGUUCUCGCCAACGCCAAGGCUCUGGCCGACAGGCUAGGAAACUCCAAGGACAAGGGCGGCCUCGGCUACAACAUCGUUUCCGGCGGUACCGACAACCACCUGGUCCUGAUCGACCUCAAGGACCGCGGCGUCGACGGCGCUCGUGUUGAGCGUGUCCUCGAGCUGGUCGGCGUUGCUAGCAACAAGAACACCGUUCCUGGCGACAAGUCGGCGCUGAAGCCCGGCGGCCUCCGCAUGGGUACUCCGGCCAUGACCACCCGCGGCUUCACGCCCGACGACUUCGUGCGCGUGGCCGACAUCGUGCACCGUGCGGUGACCAUCACGCAGAAGCUGGACAAGGCUGCAAAGGAGGCUGCGGAGUCCAAGGGCAGGAAGAACCCUGGCAGCGUCAACGCCUUCAAGGAAUAUGUUGGCGAGGGCGAGAACGUGACCGAUAUCAUCCAGCUGAGGAAGGAGGUCGAGGACUGGGUCGGCACUUUCAGCCUCCCGUGGGUUAAAAACGGCUCGUGA